ACCCCCAACCUGGGUUCUGUCUCUCCCUUUAGAAACCAAACCAUAAACCCUUGUUCCUUUGCUCUCUUUGGAAAUGGUGUCACUGGACCCAGAUGACUUCUUGGCCGGCCUUGCCGAUGACCCGGACUAUCCCAGCCGUCCAUUUCCGGCAACCGAGAACCUAGCUGAGGAAGAAGAGCUGGAAUGGCUAUCCAACAAGGACCUGUUCCCGGCAGUCGAAACCUGCCUGCUGACGGAGGAGCCACCAAAAAAGGCUAUGGCCAAUGCCGAGCAGGGGAAGCCGGUCUCUGUCUCGGUGGUUAAAGCAAGCAUUGGAGGAUGUGGAGCAGUACUAUUGCCGCCAAUGCCGAGCAGGAAAACAAAGGAUGAGAGUGCCAAAGUGAAGAGUAUGAGAGUUUGCGCAUAUUGCGGGGUUACACAGACCCCACAGUGGCCGGAGGGUCCCUUGGGGAUAUGUAAUGCCUGCGGUUUUAGCUACAAGUCCGGGCGGCUUUGCACUGAAGACAGUCCCAAAGUGCAGAGCAUUAAGAGUGACAAGGUGAAUGGAAUUAAGAGUGACAAGGUGAAGACCAUUAAGAGAAAGUGCACACAUUGUGGGAUUACACAGACUCCGCAGUGGCGGUUGGGUCCCCUUGGACCGCAGACCCUGUGUAAUGCUUGUGGGGUUAGGUACAAGUCUGGGAGGCUUUGCCCCGAAUACCGCCCUGCAAAUAGCCCUACGUUCUCGCAGGAGUUGCAUUCGAAUAAGCACAGGAAGGUAAUGGAGAUCAGGAAGCAAAUCUAUGGGAAUGAGGGGACGGUGGUGAGACCUGUGGAUAAAUGCACAAACAGUGCCGCCGCCACUGCCCUAGAGAAGAUGAAGAAAGACAUGUUCCCGACUGUCACAACAGUGGAGCAACCAAGAAGAAGUGUCAUUGCUGAGCAGCAGAGCCCUGUUUCGGUGCUUGAAAACAGCACAAACAGCAGCACCACCCUCAAGCCCCACCAACCCCCAAGCAAAUUUCUGAGGGAGCAGCAGCUGUUCUGUAACCAACCUAACAAUAAGCACAACCAGGAAGACACUGCCAAAGUGGAAAUUAAGAGAAACAUCAUCCUCAUGAGUUCCUGUGGGACCCUUGAGCUGCCUUAUAAAGCGCCAAGCGAAGUUUUGGGGCAGCAGCAGCUGUUUAGUUGCCAACCUACCAGCAAACGCAGAAAGAAAAACACUGUUGAAAUGAAGAAUGAGGGAAACCACGCCACCCUCACGAGUUCCUGUGGGAACCUUGAGCCGCCUCACCAAGCGCCAAGUCAAUUUCUGGAGCAGCACCAGCUGUUUGAUGACCAACCUAACAACAAGUGCAACAAGAAACACACUACCAAAGUGGAGAUGACCAUGAAACCUGUGGAUAUAUGUGGUUUGGACAGCAACACCACCCUCAUGAAGUCUAAGAAAGACUCAUUACCGGCUGUCGAAACAUUGAAUAUCUUGGAGCAUUCAAGAGGCAUUUUUAUUGCUGAGCAGCAGAGCCCUGUAGUGGGGAUUGCGGUAAAUUGCCAGAAUUGUGGUGCUGAACAGAGCCCGCAAUGGUGGGAGGGUCCCCUUGGACCCAAAACCAUAUGUCUUUCCUGUGGGCUGGCCAAGUACACAGGCAGGCGGAAAAGAAGUAUGUCUUUAGUUUCUAACAAGAAGCGCAAAAAGAAAGACACUGCGAAAGUGGAGAUGGCAGUGAAACCUGGUGAUAAAUGCACAAACAGCACCACUGCCCUCAUGAACUCCAAGAAAGACCCCUCACCGGCUGUCGGUACAUCGAAUAUCUCAGAGCAACCAAGCGUCAUUGUCAUUGCCGAGCAGCAGAGCCCUGCAUCUGUGGUUGAAAACAGCAUAAGCAGCAGCAUGAUGCUCAUGAGCUCCUCUGGGACUGUCAACCUGCACAACCAAGCCCCAAGUGAAUUUCCGCAGCAGAACCAGUUUUGUGACCAAGCUAACAACAAGCCCAAAGAGAAAGACACUACCACAGUGGAGUUUGAGGGAAACAGCUCUACCCUCAUGAGGUCCUCUGGGGCCCUUGAGCCACUCCACCAAGCUCCAAACGAAUUUCUGGACCAGCAGCAGCAAGCUAAGAACAAGCCCAACAAGAAAGACACUGCUAAAGUGGAGAGUGAGGGAAACAGCACCACCCUCAUGAGCUCUUGUGGGACUAACAAACCGCCCGACCAAGCACAGAGCGAAUUUCUGGGGCAACAGCAGCUGUUUUGUAACCAAGCUAACAAUGGGACCAAAAAGGAAAACACUGCCAAAGGGGAGAGUGAGGGGAAGUGCCAGAAUUGUGGGGCUGCGCAAACCCCGAGUUGGUUGGGAGGUCCCCUUGGACCAAAAACCCUAUGUCAUGCCUGUGGGCUGGCUAAGUGCACGGCCGGCCGGCAAAGAAGUAUUGCUGUGGAGGUUGGAAAACUGCCCUGUCCAUCACCUGCUACGGGAGAGUUUACUAAUUCGACUUGCACUUUUCCGGUUCUUGAAGAGUUCCAUCUCUCGCAGAAACCAAGCGACAUAGCCAAUGCCGAGCAACAGAAACCUUUUUCAGUUCUUGAAAGCAGCACAAACAACAGCAUAGCCCUCAUGAGCUCCUGCAGGAUAAAAAUCCCCCACCGAGCCCGAAGCAAGGUCCUCCGUAGAAGAAGAAGCACAAUUCCAGGGCAGCAAGUUGGGAUUGGAAAAAACUGUAUGCAAUGCGGAAAACAGACAAAUAGAUGGCGGAUGGGUCCCCUCGGACCCACAACUCUAUGUAAUGCCUGUGGGAAUAAGUAUCAGCCCUUGUGGGGAAGAAGCGGCGUAACAGUGGACAUUGCCAAAAACUAUCAUCAUUGCGGGUCUGAGGAGACCACGCAAUUGCUAUUGUGUCCCCUUGGACCCAAAACCCUAUGUACACUCUGUUAUCAUUGGUUUAAAGCCAGUGCUGAAGUGGAGAUUGGGAGAAAAUGCCAGCAUUGUGGGGCUGAGAAAACCCCGCUUUGGCGGUCAGGUCCCCUGGGUUCCAAAACGCUGUGUAAUGCAUGUGGGCUUAGGUGGUACAAAUUCGGGGAUCUUUGCCGAGACCGCUCUGCAAGUAGCCCAACUCUCUUGAGGGAGUUGCAUUCAAAUUGUUACAGGAAUGUGCUGAUAUGAGGAAGCAAGAAAUUGGAGUAGGGAUGGCAGUGGAGCCUGUGGAUAGAAAGAACACUAUUGGUGAGUAGCCAUUUCCUUUUUCUUAUGCAGUGUCAUUUGAAGUUAGAAGGAUUAAGGGAACUAUGAAAUAUAGGGUGUUUGGUUAUGCUGCUUGAAUAUGGAUUUGAUGGAUCCAGGGUGAAUGUGGAUUAAGAUUAGAAUUCACCUUUCUCGACUGACUUACCCCUAAUGGAUAGUGGUAGAAGUGAAUAUUAGUUCAUUGCAAGUAACAUCACUUUUCAGGUUGUAUUUUGUGGUGAAAAUCUCCUAUGAAUAUAUAUGAAAUAGAGUGAUGGGAUAUUGUAGUUGUAUCACUUGUGUGUUUGUUUUGCGAUCCAUGGAAUUUAUUUUUCUUGUCA